UUCCAUUCGUCUAAUUUGAUGAACAAAUAUAUAUUCAGCGGCUCUGAUAUAAUUUUUGAUAUUACUUUUGUGAGCGGAAUUUUAUAUAAAUAAUGUCGAUCGAAGAAGAAUAUUUUCAGGUUAUUUCAUAAAAUAACCUAUCUUAUAUACGUAUUUGUCGUAUGUUAUUUUGUCGCAUCCUGUCGUGAUACGACGUGGUGACUAUUAUACUGUGUGUCCGUUUGGUUUAUUUUCAUUAAUCUAGAAAUUGAACAGAAUUGGUCAGCUGUAUAACGUCUAUUAAAAAAAGAAAAAGAGAUAAAGAGCGUGCAGUCUUGUUUCAUCAUUCGACUAUUUACAAUCAAACAACUUGGUGAAAUGUCUAGUGAAAGUGUAAAAACAUUUGCUAGUCUUGAAACACCUGGAUAUGUAGGAUUUGCGAAUUUACCUAAUCAAGUACAUCGAAAAUCUGUGAAAAAAGGUUUCGAGUUUACACUCAUGGUUGUUGGAGAAUCUGGUCUUGGAAAAUCUACUUUAGUAAAUAGCUUAUUCCUUACGGAUUUAUAUCCUGAACGAGUAAUUCCUGAUGCAGUUGAAAAAACAAAUCAAACUGUUAAACUCGACGCUUCAACGGUUGAAAUUGAAGAAAGAGGCGUUAAACUUAGAUUAACAGUUGUUGAUACACCUGGUUAUGGAGAUGCAAUUGAUAAUACAGAUAGUUUCAGAGCUAUCAUUCAAUAUAUAGAUGAUCAGUUUGAGAGGUUCCUUCGUGAUGAAAGUGGUUUAAACAGAAGAAAUAUUGUGGACAACAGAAUACAUUGUUGUUUUUAUUUUAUCUCUCCAUUUGGUCAUGGGUUAAAACCAUUAGAUAUUGAAUUUAUGAAGCAACUUCAUAACAAAGUUAACAUAGUACCUGUAAUAGCGAAAGCUGAUGUACUUACCAAAAAAGAAGUAUUACGUUUAAAAAAAAGAGUUAUGGAAGAGAUUGAAGGCAAUGGAAUCAAAAUAUAUCCUUUACCAGACUGUGAUAGUGAUGAAGAUGAAGAUUACAAAGAACAAGUACGUCAAUUAAAAGAGGCUGUCCCAUUUGCAGUAUGUGGUGCCAAUACCUUGCUUGAAGUCAAAGGAAAGAGAGUACGGGGUCGAUUGUAUCCGUGGGGUGUUGUUGAAGUUGAAAAUCCUGAUCAUUGCGAUUUUAUUAAAUUAAGAACGAUGCUAAUAGUGAGGAAACAAGAUCAGAUCUUCCGAAUAAUUUUGAAAAUAUGCAAGAUAGAAAAGAAUACUAAAUACAGAAAUUGUAGAGUUUUAAGCUACCCAUUACAUAACAAUACUAUCAGACUGGCAAAAUGUCGUUUUUUCUAUGUAAAUGAAAAGCGAUUUUUUCAUACAAAACAAACAUUUUAUUCUGUAAUAUUUUGUCCGCUUAAUUCAAUAACCUUUUGCCACCUGUUUGGUAGCUUCAUGAUUCCAGAAGAGAAUUUUAUUGGUGAAAAACUGAUCCAAGUUCUGCUUGAUGACCUUAUCAGAAUUGAAUUUUUUCCCUACAAGGAAUUUUGCAAGGAAUGAAAUCAAUGGUAAUCUGAUAAUGCAAGAUCAGAUGAAUAUGGUGGAUAUGGUAACACAUCCCAUCCAAACUGCAAUAAUUUCUGGCAGAUGACUAACAAUGUAUGUAGUCUAGUGUGUCAUGGUGAAAAACAACAUCUUUAUGAUUCAUCAGUUUUGAGCGCUUCUGCUUGAUUGCUUCGUGUAAUUUGUCCAAUUGACGAUAGUACAAUUCUGAAUCAUUUGAUUACUUUUAAGCAGUUCAAAAAAACACAAUAUCCACAAUAAUCAUAUCACAAUAAUUGUAAUUUCACCAAACAAAUAAUAAAAUCUUUCUUUGGUGAAUGUCUGCUUUAGAAGUUUUGUGGCGGCUCAUCAUGUUUGUUCCACGAUCUUUCUCGUACAUUGUUGUAAACAAAUCAUUUUUCAUCGCCAAUUAAUAUUCGUUUCAAAAACAGAUUGUUUUGCUCACGUUUUAGGAGAGAAUUAUUGAUAUUGAUGAGAUGAAUUUCUUUGAGCUUGUGUGGAACUCAGAUAUCGAGUUUGCUGACGUAUCCAAGUUUAAAUGGUUUUCAAUGCUCAUAUGUGAUAUGUUUAGCUUUUCAGCGAUUUCCUGUAUCGUAUAAUGGCGGUUGGAUUCGAGCAAUGCUUUUAUUUUAUCGUCAUCGAUCGUCUUAAUUGGCUGGCCUGACUGUAGUGUAUUUUUCCUAGACAAAAAUCUUCUGAACGAAAACGAGCAAACUAACGCUAAUAUUGGCGUUCUGUUAAGGAUUCCUCACCAUAUACAAGGUGCACAAU